AUGGAAGAUACGAUACGCCCGUUAAAUUACAUAGAUAUGGAGACCAGCAGGCCCAUAAACCUGUUUGAAACAACUAAUAAUCUAAAAAGCUCGUUAAAAAAGUUUUCGCAAAAGGCAAAGGCAUCACACAUUCCUAGAGAAAGAAUUCACCACUUUAGAAAAUGGAAAAACAAAACCGAAUCACUUUCAGAUGAUAGUUCGAAGCCUCCUCCAGACAUUAACUCUCUACGUUUCAACAACUACCCACAGUCUGGCGCCCUGCCUGUAAAUGUUUUCCUACCCCCUAGAAGCUUGGACAUGUAUUGGAAUGAAGAGCAGUUCCAGAUAGAGAUGGAAAUUUUAGAAUUUUUGUCACUAAAAACUAGUAAUGAAUACUGCACUUCAGAGGAUUAA